UUGAUUUUCUUUUUUUUAAUUUUCUUUUCUCUGAUUUGGAGCCUUCUUGGUCGCCAAGUCUCUCUGGUUUUCUCCCCUUUUCAAGCCCUCGUCUCAUCCCCCUCUCCAUUACCUCCUACUUUACUCAUCCGAAUACUCCAGUUCUGGGUUACAGCAUCUGGAUUGCUCAGAAGCAAGAAAUAUCUCCAGCUUUCUUCUCCAUCGUCGUGCUUCUUGACGUCACCAACAGAUAGGGUUCGGUCUUCAUCAGCCAGGUUAGUUUAGUUUGAAAAUGCCUGGAGCAAUUGAAGUUCCCCCCAAGGGUGGAUUUAGUUUUGAUCUCUGCAGAAGGAAUGAUAUGCUUGCAAAGAAGGGUGCCAAACCCCCAUCUUAUCGGAAAACCGGUACAACAAUUGUUGGGCUGAUUUUCCAGGAUGGUGUCAUUCUUGGGGCAGAUACUAGGGCAACCGAGGGACCCAUUGUUUGUGAUAAGAACUGUGAGAAAAUUCAUUAUAUGGCACCAAACAUAUAUUGCUGUGGAGCAGGAACUGCUGCUGAUACAGAAGCAGUUACAGACAUGGUCAGCUCACAGCUGCAGUUACAUAGGUAUCACACCGGCCGAGAGUCUAGGGUUGUUACAGCACUGACUCUCCUCAAGAGACACCUUUUCAGUUAUCAAGGUUAUGUCUCAGCUGCUCUGGUUCUUGGUGGAGUUGAUGUCACUGGGCCCCAUUUGCAUACAAUAUAUCCUCAUGGAUCAACGGACACAUUACCCUUUGCUACUAUGGGUUCUGGUUCUCUUGCUGCAAUGGCUAUAUUUGAGUCAAAGUACAGAGAAGGUCUAACUAGAGAUGAAGGAAUAAGUCUCGUAUCCGAGGCUAUAUGCUCUGGUAUAUUCAAUGACUUGGGAAGUGGAAGCAAUGUUGAUAUUUGUGUUAUAACCAAGGGCCAGAAGGAGUACCUGAGGAACCAUAUGUUGCCAAAUCCACGCACUUACAUCAGUGCCAAAGGCUACUCUUUUCCUAAGAAGACUGAGGUCCUCCUAACAAAGAUCACUCCGUUGAAGGAAAAAGUGGAAGUGAUUGAAGCAGGAGAUGCCAUGGAAGAGUAGAGAUCACUGUCUUAAGAGCAACACGGUUGAAAUUGGUAUAUCUUACGAUGUCCACUAUCAAGACCCACAGGACCUUACUUUUUAUUCGACACAAAUGCCUUGUGUUCAUUAGAUGGAGAUAUUAUGGCUCUUUGUUAGCAUUUUCAUGAGGAAUAUGUAUUCAACCUUGCCGAAUGAUCUUAUCAGUUUAAGAAUUAUUUUGAAUGAACUGCCAGAUGGGUCCUUGUGUUUCCGAUAAUGUUAAGCUGAUUAGCAAAUUAUGGAAGGUUUGUGUCGAUUA